CCUCAGUCGACCUAGGAUGUUAGGGGCCAUUUUUUUUGCUAGCAUAAAUAUUUAUAUAUACUUUAUCAUGAUUUGUAACUCUUCCAUGUUGCUUAUGUGUAUACAUGUGAUAGCCUGGGGGUGUAGGGUAUAUGGGGUGUAGCUGUGCGGUAAUUAAAGGGUAUCUGAUUAACCCUUUCUAUUUGUGACACCAGGGUGAGGGCUCCUCUGCAAUGCUUGUCCUACCGCCACCCUUCCCAAGAGCGAUAGGGAGGUAUGGAAUAAUUGAAUGUCCACAACCGGAGAGUUUGCUGAAAACAGUCAGAACUUUUACUGAAGAUUUUAUGCAAGCUUCAUAACCGGAACAGUCUCUAUACAGGCAAAGUCUCUCAGAGAUUGACAGUGGUUGGGACCUCGUGAGUCUAUUGAGCUUAGGAAGGUAAUUGUUGCGGUGAUCCACUGGAUUUAGGGGUUUAGAUUCGGUCCAGUAAUCACACUAGCUUUAGCGGGGAUUGAGAUCUUAACUCACGGUUUAGUUUAGGCUGAGGCCGGCAGGUCUUAGGCCUAGCUUGUCUUUGACAGUUGCACAGAUCCGUCCUGUUAGUCCGGCAUCCACGAGAGCAGCAACCCAAGAGAACGAUCAUUGGCUACAGCUCCCUUAUAUGGGCAGGGGCUGGACUUAAGCUCACUGGUCCAUACUUCUGUCAAUCAUCUUUACAAAGUGUUAUGGGUAAACAUGUGACCCAAGAACCUCCAAAGGUCCUCCAACAUACCAUAGAGGAAUUAACAUAGUCACAUGACCGAAGGUCCUGCGACGCUGCCAAGUUUUUAAAGGUGUGGGGAUUUACCUUUGUCCAUAUGGAUAUGCACCAAUACAGGAAAUCUGUGCGUAUGUCUGAGGGAAGAGGAGUUUCUUCUGAAACAUCAAACAAGAGGUGUGACAUCUCCUGCCUUGAAGGGAACAGUGUUUUCACCAUGCCAGUACGGCCGGUAUGCCGCUACUAGGAACGCCAAGAGGACAAAGAGUGCACUUAAGUUUGGUCAAGUAAUGAAAGAGACAAACAGAGGAACAGUCAGUAAAAUAUUAUCAAUCAAGAUCAUUGCCGGACAUAAGAUGGCAACAGGUCCCUCUGUAAAGGCCAAAGAGCAACCUGACUUAGAACCAACAUUCAUCAGUGACAAAGAAUAUAGGAUUGAAAAUGAGUUAAUGUUUCAUUGCAAAGAAACUGGGAUAAAGUUUGAGAUGCAACCAGAAACAAUUAUCAAGUAUUCAUUGGAGUACGGGGAAGAAUACAUGAAGCUGAUCGAGGAGAAUGGAUAUGAGUUACUGGGUCCCAUAUUCAAUGUAGAAGUCAUAUCUGGCCGGGUGUCAGAAGUCUACCUACCACAUUAUGUACGUCUAGAAGGUUUUAGUGGAGAAAAAUCUAUGAAAUUUGGUCACAUCAAAGAUGGGAAAGUCAACUUGAAAACCCCAACUAGAAUUGAAGAUUCUUAUGUUGUAUUGGAAAAUCCUUCUUUUUCCCGUGUUGCUGCUGUUGGAAAAUCUAUUGCCUCUUUUUUUAAAAGGGAAAAAUAUCCUUUCAAUGGGCAGUUUCUAAUGUAUGCCCGGGUACUCUGUCCGGAAGAAGAAGAAUUUACAGAGUACAGAAUUCAUCUAUAUCUGAUUCCUACUGAUAGACCUAACGUUCAGGCACUUGAUGACAUGAAGGAAAGUAAAGGGUUCCAGAAGAUUGAAAAACCUUGGCAUACGGACGACAGUGUAAGCCCCCAUAUAAAGUACAUCAUCAGUGGAGAGCCGGAUGCAGAUAUACGGCCAAAGACUUUGCAAUUUCUGAUCCAUGAAAGAAUAGAAAAAAUCCCAUACUCAGAGAUCAACGUUUUGAAAACUGAAAUCUUGAAAAAUAGAAACUCUGUUUUAUUACGUGUGAAGGCAGAAAGGAGUUCAAGGUCUGAACUGGUGUGGGAAGGAGAACUGAGAAGAGCAGAUAUAGAAGAACUGACAAGACAAGGCAUCAAGAAAGGAGAUCGUGGCAAAAAUUUCAUACAUAAACAUAGGUCAGUCCUAAUACAAGAGGUAAAAAAUAUCAUGCCUGUCCUCGAUGACCUCAGGAAGAAGGAGCUUCUAACGAAAGAGCAGAGUAAUAAAAUAAUAAUAAGUCACUCAACACCUCAAGACCAGAUGAGAUCACUUCUUAGUUAUGUGGAAAGUUGGGGCAGUGAAGACCAGAUCACAUUCUAUGAGGCUUUAAAGAGUCACAAUAAACCAACCAUCAAAAAGAUUGAAAAAGGAAACUAAAAUCCCAACAAGCAUCGGAUUCAGCUACUGACCAAUGAUAUGUGGACACCAGAAGAGAAUGAUAUUAUUGAUGCUGUAUACUAAGGAUCAUGGGAUUGAAUUAAAGGGGUUAUCCAGGAAAAAACUUUUUUUUAUAUAUCAACUGGCUCCAGAAAG